GGCGCAACUGUUUAUACGAUAACGGUAUUCCGGAUAAUAAAUGUCUAUCGAUAUUGAAGCAGGAAGUUAGUCACUCCCAUCCCGUACUAUGUAAACUUCCUGGUUUUAAUCUGUCGUCGUCAAAAAGAAAGUAAAAUGAACAGAAUAAGAAGAGCGUGAGAACAAACUGAAUAAAAACAACAAUGGAGAACUUCAGCUGUCAGCGGUGCAUCUGUAGUGACCCCUUCCUAAGGCCACCAGAAGUACCCAUAUUUGCCAGCACAUCACCACAAGCCAAAAAAGAAAUGUUAAAAAUGCAAGAAGACUCUGUAGUCUAUCAGAGUUACUUGGAAUUAUGUGGAAACAAAACAUAUGUUCCAGUAUAUUCCAAGACUUCUAGCACUACUGCCCAGACGACCAUAGUUCCGGGGGUCACGACCUUGAAGGAUGUGACAACAGAGGUCACAAAUAUUACGUCCUUACAAAAUGACACCCUAGUCCCGCCUACUUCCAUACUAAGCAGCUCCUCCCAGGAUUCCAAUGGCUGGUGGAUUGCCCUCCUUGUGAUUGGGAUAAUUCUCCUAGCACUUAUAGUUGUAGGAGUUUAUGUCUACAAGAAGAAAGGAAAAAAAGGGUUUAGGAAAUCGGUGAUGUAUCAAAAUCUAUCACAGUGUUUCUUUUGGAAUAAUCUUCCAACACAUCAGAAUAGGAAAGCAUCGUUUUCUUCUGUGGGGAGUAAAAAAUCGGAGAGUAGCGUGGGACAAAUUCAGCCAAAUAGCAGGAUUGACCAAGAGGUGGUUUACUCUACGCAGGUUUCAAAUAACGAAAAAGAUUUUAAGCAUUCUUCUACAGCCCAGCUGAUUGAUGCACCACUGUCACACACAGAUGAAGAAUAUUCAAACCCUGCAAUAGAAUGUACUGAUGUUAAAUUGGACUUGUAUGAAAACUCUAGUAAAGUCAGCUUCAGACAGAGUUAUAGUUCUGACACACAGACAGACAAUAAAGCCAGUCAAGAAGGCAGUAAAAUAGAGUCCGACACAAGUCAGAAAGAGGAUUCAGAAAUCGUUACUAAAGCUGACACAAUCUUGUCUAAUUAUGAGACAUGCUCCCUUCAAACAAUACCUAAACCCACAACUGAAGAGAAAUUGGAGUCGAAUAUCCAUCAGGAAUCAGAAGAUUCCAGCAGUGAGAAACCCUCCAUUGGUACAGAUAUUGAGAGUGUGUAUAUUACAUUGACUUCAGAGACAGAGGAAUCAUCGAAUAAAAAACCUCAGUUUAACAUUGACCUUGACUCACACACUGUGGGUGAUGGCAGGAAGUCUUCCCUUCAAAACCAGAAAUCAGUGGACAGUGGCUAUGAGUCCAAAAUAAACUCACCUGAGCAGGAGUGUGUCUGAUUUUGAGACCAAAAGAAUUGCAAUAGAAAAAGUUGAUCUGGGCAACAUGAAGACUAAAAAUUGGACGGUUUUAAAAAACAAAUGAAAAUUAUUACUUAUUAAUCAGAAAAAUUAAUCAUAUGAAAUAAAAAAAUUAAUUCACCAUAUUUCUACAUUUUACAGUAACCAGAAACUAGUA